AGCGGCGGCGGGAGGCAGGAUGAGCGCACGCGGUGAGGGCGCGGGGCAGCCGUCCACUUCAGCCCAGGGACAACCUGCCGCCCCGGCGCCUCAGAAGAGAGGACGCGGCCGCCCCAGGAAGCAGCAGCAAGAACCAACCGGUGAGCCCUCUCCUAAGAGACCCAGGGGAAGACCUAAAGGCAGCAAAAACAAGAGUCCCUCUAAAGCAGCUCAAAAGAAAGCAGAAGCCACUGGAGAAAAACGGCCAAGAGGCAGACCUAGGAAAUGGGACAAUCUACUGCCAAGAACCAGCUCCAAGAAGAAAACAUCUCUGGGAAACAGUAUCAAAAGAAGUCACUUAAUUGUCAUUGGAGGAGUCCAGCGUAGCUCUUGAUCUUAUUUUCACCUUGAGGAACUGUCCAUUACAUCUAUGAACCUUAUGUGUGGCUUUCUUCAUAUAGAAACCAAUCGGGUGUCCUUCAGAUCAUUUCAAAACACUCGGUUAUUCUUUCUUAGGUUUCCAACUGAAGUCUGCAUCCCAAGAUGCAGUUUCAGUGCCAUUCCAUAUGGCACCCUUGUGCAAAUUUGAAAAAGGUACUCACUCUGGGCACAUGCAGAGCCUAGAGGGGGACAGCUUAGAGAGUAGAGGGUGGGCU